CAGUGCUCCGAAUUCCCGGAAGAACCAGCAGAGAAUCGCAGGAUGUGCGGGUGGCUGCGGCUGCUGCUGCAGCGGUGGCGCUGACAAGGCACGCGCUCUAUGCCUUUCCGGCUGCUCGUCCCGUUUGGCCUCCUGUGUGCGCUGCUGCCCCUGCACCAUGGUGCGCCCGGCCCGGAUGGCACCGCGCCCGACCCCGCCCACUACAGGGAGCGAGUCAAGGCCAUGUUCUACCACGCCUACGACAGCUACCUGGAGAAUGCCUUUCCCUACGACGAGCUGCGACCUCUCACCUGUGACGGGCACGACACCUGGGGCAGUUUUUCUCUGACUCUUAUUGAUGCUCUGGACACCUUGUUGAUUUUAGGGAAUGUCUCAGAAUUCCAAAGAGUGGUUGAAGUGCUCCAGGACAACGUGGACUUUGAUAUUGAUGUGAACGCCUCUGUGUUUGAAACCAACAUCCGAGUGGUAGGAGGACUUCUGUCUGCUCACCUGCUGUCAAAGAGGGCUGGGGUAGAAGUGGAGGCUGGAUGGCCCUGCUCGGGACCUCUCCUGAGGAUGGCUGAGGAGGCAGCCCGGAAACUCCUCCCAGCCUUUCAGACCCCCACUGGCAUGCCGUACGGAACGGUGAACCUGCUUCACGGCGUGAACCCGGGAGAGACUCCUGUCACCUGCACAGCAGGGAUCGGGACCUUCAUCGUGGAAUUUGCCACCCUGAGCAGCCUCACCGGUGACCCUGUGUUCGAAGACGUGGCCAGAGUGGCCCUGAUGCGCCUCUGGGAGAGCCGGUCAGAUAUUGGGCUGGUCGGCAACCACAUCGACGUGCUCACUGGCAAGUGGGUGGCCCAGGACGCGGGCAUCGGUGCUGGCGUGGACUCCUACUUUGAGUACCUGGUAAAAGGAGCCAUCCUGCUUCAGGAUAAGAAGCUCAUGGCCAUGUUCCUAGAAUAUAACAAAGCCAUUCGGAAUUACACCCGCUUUGAUGACUGGUACCUGUGGGUGCAGAUGUACAAGGGGACUGUGUCCAUGCCAGUCUUCCAGUCUCUGGAGGCCUACUGGCCUGGUCUUCAGACCCUCAUUGGGGACAUUGACAAUGCCAUGAGGACCUUCCUCAACUACUACACCGUCUGGAAGCAGUUUGGGGGGCUCCCGGAAUUCUACAACAUUCCUCAGGGAUAUACAGUGGAGAAGCGAGAGGGUUACCCGCUUCGACCAGAACUCAUUGAGAGCGCCAUGUACCUCUACCGUGCCACGGGGGACCCCACCGUCUUAGAACUCGGAAGAGAUGCCGUGGAAUCCAUCGAAAAAAUCAGCAAGGUGGAAUGUGGAUUUGCCACGAUCAAAGAUCUGCGAGACCACAAGCUUGACAACCGCAUGGAGUCUUUCUUCCUGGCCGAGACCGUGAAAUACCUCUACCUGCUGUUUGACCCGACCAACUUCAUCCACAACAAUGGCUCCACCUUCGAUGCGGUGAUAACCCCCUACGGGGAGUGCAUCCUGGGGGCCGGGGGUUACAUCUUCAACACAGAAGCGCACCCCAUCGACCCCGCUGCCCUGCACUGUUGCCGGAGGCUGAAGGAAGAGCAGUGGGAAGUGGAAGAUCUGAUGAGGGAAUUCUGCUCUCUCAAACGGAAUAGGUCGAGAUUUCAGAAAAAAACUAUGAGCUCAGGGCCAUGGGAACCCCCAGCAGGGCCAGGAACAUUGUCCUCCCCUGAAAACUAUGACCGGGCAAGGGAGAAGAAGCCCGCCAAGCAGAAAAUCCCACUUCUCAGCUGCCCUAGUCAGCCCUUUACCUCAAAGUUGGCAUUACUGGGACAGGUUUUCCUAGAUUCCUCAUAACCACUGGAUGAUACUUUGUUUGUUUUUGAAACUAUAACAAUAAAUCUGCUUUUGAUGA